AUGCCUGUGAAGAAGAGGGCCAACGUUAAGAAAAGUGUUACGUUUUCUGAUGAUACUACAUUAUCCCAUCAUAAUACUAAAAAGAAGAAUAUAGAUCAUGACCAUCCUCCAGUAUUUGUAAGAAAGACCAUUAGGACUGUUCCAUGGCAUAUAAUUGGGUUAUUGUAUUAUUAUAUCUAUUUAAGUGAUGAUUAUGAUACAAUGAGAUUACUCUAUUUGCUGAUACCAUCUCAAGUUUUAUAUUUAGUGUUUCAAUUCAACAGUGCAACAAUCUAUGGUAAUAAGAUUUUGAAGAUUAAUUAUACUUUAAUUUUAAUUUCAUUAAGUGCCACGAUACUCUUAACUGUUCCAACCUUAUUGAUGAUUAUUGUAUUUGGAGCUCCUUUGGUUGAAAAAUUGAGGGAAAGUUGGCUAUUAGCAUUACAUGCUUGCUAUUUGGCAUACCCUGCUGUGUACUCGUUGUUCAAUUGUGAUUUCAAAGUAGGAAUCUGGAAGAUAUAUUUCAUUUUUAUCGUUUUAGGUGGUUGGAUAAGUUGUGUGGUUAUUCCAUUAGAUUGGGACAGAGAAUGGCAGGCAUGGCCAAUACCUGUGAUUGUUGGAAGUUAUCUUGGAGCAUUUGUAGGUUACUCAAUCAGUGCUUUCACAUAA